AUGAGGAUUAAUUAUGGUGACAAGGAGAUCACAAAUGGCACUGGACUACGAGCAUCUGCUGUGCUCAAUGCACCACAUGUUGAGAUUGAAGGCCACGACCAAACAAAGCUCUACACACUUGUUAUGGUGGAUCCUGAUGCACCAAGUCCAAGCAAACCAGAGUACAGGGAAUAUCUGCAUUGGUUGGUGACAGAUAUACCAGAGGCAAGAGACAUACGUUUUGGCAAUGAAAUAGUUCCCUAUGAAAGCCCAAGGCCACCAGCUGGAAUUCAUCGAAUUGUUUUGUGCUAUUCAAACAGCAAGCAAGACAAACAGUUUAUGCACCAGGAUGGCGGCAAAAUUUCAACAUCAGAGACUUCUCAGCAAUUUACAAUCUUGGAGCACCAGUUGCUGCAUUAUACUUCAACUGCCAAAAGGAAAGCGGUGUUGGUGGCAGAAGGUUCCUGGGAUCAAGCUGAAGAACAGAUAUAG